AUGGUGAUAGAAAAACGUAACGCUUUAGGACCUGACAGAGCCACUCCCACUCCCAGUCCCACUCCCACAACCAGUCCCACUCUCAAUCCCUCUCCCAGUCCCUCUCCCAGUCCCACUCCCACUCCCAGUCCCACUCUCAAUCCCUCUCCCAGUCCCACUCCCAGUCCCACUCCCAAUCCCUCUCCCAGUCCCACUCCCAGUCCCACUCCCAGUCCCACUCCCACUCCCAGUCCCACUCUCAAUCCCACUCCCAGUCCCACUCCCAGUCCCACUCCCACUCCCAGUCCCACUCUCAAUCCCACUCCCAGUCCCUCUCCCAGUCCCACUCCCAGUCCCACUCCCAGUUCCACUCUCAGUCCCAGUCCUAGUCCCAGUACCACUCCCACCCCCACUCCCAGUCCCAGUCCCACCCCCACCCCCACUCCCACUCCCACUCCCACCCCCAGUCCCACUCCCACUCCCACCCCCACUCCCAGUCCCACUCCCACUCCCACCCCCACUCCCACUCCCACUCCCACUCCCAGUCCCACUCCCAGUCCCACUCCCACAACCAGUCCCACUCUCAAUCCCUCUCCCAGUCCCUCUCCCAGUCCCACUCCCACUCCCAGUCCCACUCUCAAUCCCACUCCCAGUCCCACUCCCAGUCCCACUCCCAGUUCCACUCUCAGUCCCAGUCCCAGUCCCAGUACCACUCCCACCCCCACUCCCAGUCCCAGUCCCAGUCCCACUCCCAGUCCCACCCCCACCCCCACUCCCACUCCCACUCCCACCCCCAGUCCCACUCCCAGUCCCACUGAAUUUGGAUGA